AUGGUUAAACGUACUUUGGCCACGCAAAUACCUCCACUUAACAACAACAACAACAGCAGCAGCAGCAGCAGCAGCAGUGCCAACAAUAACACUACGCACAGUGCACCACUACCCAACCAUCGGGAGCUUACUGAUGAAGAAAAGGAAUUCAUCGCGCCUAUGAUUCGUGUUGAUCAAUCAGGUGAAGUAGGCGCUUACUACAUUUAUAAAGGUCAAAUCGCCGUUCUUGGCCACGAUCCAAAGCUACGUCCUCUUCUCGAAAUGAUGUGGGAUCAAGAGCGUGGUCAUUUAGAAUUAUUUAGUGGUUUAAUCAGUGAACAUCGAGUCCGACCUAGUUUGUUGCGACCUCUUUGGGAAGUAGCAGGAUUUGCGGUAGGAGCAGGUACAGCUUUAUUAGGAAAGGAGGCGGCGAUGGCGUGUACAGAAGCGGUAGAAACUGUCAUUGGCGAUCACUAUAACGAUCAAUUGCGAGAGUUACAAGCUAUUCGUAACCCAAAUGAGCAAAUUAAAUAUCUGUGCAAGACUGUAGCCAAGUGUAGAGAUGAAGAAUUGGAACAUCAUGAUAUUGCCGUCGAUCAUGAUGCGCGUCAAGCACCUCUUCAUAGCUUACUGAGUGCAGUCAUCAAACAAGGUUGCAAGACUGCUAUUUGGGUUGCCUCUCGCGUUUAG